CCCGGCCACUCUCUCCACACAGUGGCAUAUGGCUCCUGGUAUGACCACGUCAAGGACUACUGGGAGCGGAGGAAAGAUCACCCCAUCCUCUACCUCUUCUACGAGGACUUGAAGGAGGACCUCCGCCGGGAGAUUGCCAAGGUGGCCCGGUUCUUGGGGCGGGAGCUGCCGGAGGCGGCACUGGACACCGUCACCCAACACACCUCCUUCGAGGCCAUGCGGGACAACCCCACCACCAACUACAGCAUGGUGCCCUCCCACCUCAUGGACCAGGGCAUCUCCCCCUUCAUGCGCAAAGGCACCGCUGGAGACUGGAAGAACCACUUCACUGUGGCCCAGAGCGAGCGCUUUGACCAGGACUAUGCACAGAAGAUGUCGGGCACUGACCUGCGCUUCCGCACCCAGAUCUGA